GAGGGGGAGGAGCCUGAAGAUACAACUGCCUCAAACCACCCCCUCUGUCCUCCUCGCGUCGCUGGUAAAGCUCGUGCUCCUUGGACGUUCCUUUCCUGCCUUAAAAGUCGGUGAGGCUCGAGACGGAGGUGUCUUUUAUGAAUAAUCAAAAGCAGCAAAAGCCAACGCUAUCAGGCCAGCGUUUUAAAACUAGGAAAAGAGAUGAAAAAGAGAGGUUUGACCCCACUCAGUUUCAGGACUGUAUUAUUCAAGGUUUAAAUGAAACUGGCAGUGAUUUGGAAGCAGUAGCAAAAUUCCUUGAUGCUUCUGGAGCAAAACUUGAUUAUCGCCGCUAUGCAGAGACACUCUUUGAUAUUCUGGUGGCUGGUGGAAUGCUGGCCCCAGGUGGUACCUUGGCAGAUGACAUGAUGCACACAGAUGUCUGUGUAUUUGCUGCACAAGAAGACCUAGAAACAAUGCAAGCAUUUGCUCAGGUCUUUAACAAGCUGAUCAGGCGAUACAAAUACCUGGAAAAAGGCUUUGAGGAUGAAGUUAAAAAGUUGCUGCUCUUCUUGAAAGGUUUUUCAGAGUCUGAGCGGAACAAACUGGCCAUGCUAACGGGUAUACUUCUGGCCAAUGGGACACUUAAUGCAUCAAUUCUCAACAGCCUGUAUAAUGAGAAUCUUGUUAAAGAAGGUGUUUCAGCAGCCUUUGCAGUAAAAUUGUUCAAAUCAUGGAUAAAUGAAAAAGAUAUCAAUGCAGUUGCUGCUAGCCUUCGUAAAGUCAAUAUGGAUAAUAGGCUGAUGGAGCUCUUUCCAGCCAACAAGCAAAGUCUUGAGCAUUUUACAAAAUACUUCACUGAUGCAGGAUUGAAGGAACUUUCUGAAUAUGUUCGGAAUCAGCAGUGCAUAGGGGCUCGUAAAGAAUUACAGAAAGAACUUCAAGAGCAGAUGUCACGAGGAGAUACCUUUAAGGAUAUCAUACCGUAUGUCAAGGAAGAAAUGAAGAAAAACAACAUAUCAGAGCAGACUGUAAUUGGCAUCAUCUGGUCUAGUGUAAUGAGCACUGUGGAAUGGAACAAAAAAGAGGAGCUCGUCGCAGAACAAGCCAUCAAGCACUUGAAGCAAUACAGCCCUCUUCUUGCUGCCUUUACAACCCAAGGUCAGUCUGAGCUGACUCUGUUGCUAAAGAUUCAAGAGUACUGUUACGACAACAUCCAUUUCAUGAAAGCCUUCCCGAAAAUAGUGGUGCUCUUCUACAAAGCUGAGGUACUCAGUGAAGAACCCAUCUUGAAAUGGUAUAAAGAUGCACACCUUGCCAAAGGAAAGAGUGUCUUUCUGGAACAAAUGAAAAAGUUCGUAGAAUGGCUCAAAAAUGCAGAGGAAGAAUCGGAGUCUGAAACUGAAGAAGGUGACUAAAUUGUCAAAAUGUCAACAGUAAAGCAAACAGGAGCUGUAGAUAAAGUGUCAUGUUUUGUGUCCUUUUGAUUCUUACAUCCUACCUCCCUUUAUCAAGCAUGAUAUAAGGGCUCUCAUAGCAAAUUUGUUUGCGUUUUCUAGGGUCCUUAGAAAACACUGAAAUUAGGUUUUUAAAACCAUGUGUUAGCAGCUUACAGGAGCUCUAGAUUCGAUUCUUCUAACAUUGCAUUAAUCCUUUUAGUUACAUUCUACCUCCUGUAUUUUCUACUGUAACAUAAUUUAAGGCCUUCCACAAUUUAAAUUCAUUUUAUCCCUGGGUUUUCUAUAAAGGUUUACAGUAGACAUGGAAAAUUAAAUUUGUUACAAAAUUCUGUUUGCAGAUUAAACUGUACAAGUAUCCAAAA